GUUGAAGGAGUGGAAAGUUCUUCACCAGCCCUGAGACCUCAAGGUUUGUCCAUUUGGGCCAGUCCGGGGAACGGAGUUGGGACCGGUAUUUGUGAAACCAGCUACCCUUGGAAUCUUCUUUGGUCGUAUGCUAUCGAUGCAAGAUUUCACCAUGGGCAGUGGCUAUUACAACAUAGUGGCUGCUGUAUUAUUGGUCAUGAAUUUUGAGAGGACAAGAUCAAUACAGGAUUCCUGUAGUAAAUGCCCAGCUGGGACUUUCUGUGGGAAAAGUGAAGGUCAGAUCUGCAUUCCUUGUCCUCCAAAUAGUUUCUCCAGCACCAGUGGACAAAAGUCCUGUGUCAUAUGCAGGCGGUGUGAAGGUGUUUUCAGGACCAAGAAGGUGUGUUCCCCCAUCAGCAAUGCAGAAUGUGAGUGCAUCUCAGGAUUCCACUGCCUGGGGACAGGAUGUGCCAUGUGUGAACCGGAUUGUAAACAAGGUCAAGAAUUAGCCAAGGAGGGUUGUAAAGACUGUCGCUUUGGGACAUUUAAUGAUCAGAAACGUGGCAGCUGUCAACCCUGGACAAACUGUUCCUUGGAUGGAAAGUCUGUACUUGUGAAUGGGACGAAGGAAAGUGAUGCAGUAUGUGGACCGGCAUUGGCUGACUUCUCUCCAGGUACAACCUCUGCCACCAUGCCUGCCCCUGCAAGAGAUCCAGGUCAUACCCCCCAGAUCAUCGUCUUCUUCCUUACACUGACAUCGGCUGCUCUGCUGUUCCUGGUGUUGUUUCUAGUGCUCCGUUUCUCUAUCCUUAAAUGUGGCAGAAAGAAACUCCUGUAUUUAUUCAAACAACCAUUUAUGAGACCAGUACAAACUGCCCAAGAGGAAGAUGCCUGUAGUUGCCGAUUUCCAGAAGAAGAAGAAGGAGAAUGGGAGCUGUAAAGCAGAAAUCCAAACCGCCACUGGGCCUGUCUUGAGAAGAAUCACAGGAGAAACAUGAGUGAUCCCACCAUGAUAUCUUUCUAAAUCGAAGACACCAUCCUAGAUAAGACUCAGGAUUACCCCUAAGUUUCCUCAAAAUGUUAGCAGAUUGGCCUUUAAAAAUGUACCCCUUUUAGCACAUGUAUGGGACAGAGCUGUGGGAAAGGGGCAUUUUCUAGAUAAUGCUUAAUAGGCUUCACUAGUUUGUUUUUGAAAUCCAAAGAGAAUUAUGCUUAAAAUUACAUCAUGUAGUCCAAGGGUCUAGCUAAAAUGACAGUCCAAAAUCAAUAUCAUUUUUUUUGAGUGCUAAUAGAACAUAUGACAAAAAGCCAUAAGAUGCAAGAAAACCCCCCAACCAAAUUUUCCAUUGGUUCAGAUAUUCAACACAAUGAGCUCUACUGAUGUGAGGGGGAUAUUAUGACAGUGCCCAGAUUUGAGGUCAAGGGAAAAAUAGCUCAGAACUUGAGGAAGAGUUUUGGAAAGAGUUCCAAUGUCUUUGCACAUUUUGUGGUCCCCUCCAUCUUCAUAUCUCCUGCUUUGUACUGCUCCUCUCUGAACCGGGGCUUAUGUUUUGGUUCUUUGUUGUUGUUUAAAGUUUUUUUAUUUAUUACUGAAGUGUAAUUGACAAACAACAUUAUAUCAGUUUCAAGCGUACAACAUAGUGGCUCCACAAUUCUGCACAUUACUCAGAGCUUGCCACAGUAAGUACUGUCCCCAUCUGUCACCAUAUGACAUUAUUACAGUAUUACUGACCAUAUUCCUGAUGCUGUACUUUUCAUCUCUCUGAAUUAUUUAUUUUAUAAUUAGAAGUUUGUGUCUCUUAAUCCUCUUCAUCUGUUUUGCCCAGUUUUGAGAUUUAGCUUAUGUGUUUUUAAUUCUUAAGAACAUUAAAAAUAAUAUCUGGUACAUCAAACUCCCAUAGGCCGGAUUUGAGCGGUCAUGGGUCUCUGUAUGGCUUAUGAGCUAAAAAUGAUUUUUACAUGUUUAAAUAGUAAAAAACAAAUCAAAAGAAGACUAAUAUCUCAUGACAUGAAAAAGUAUGUAAAAUUCAAAUUUCAGAGUCCAUAAAUAAAGUUUUAUUAGAACACACAGCCACACUCAGGUCACUUUUGCAUUACAACAGCAGAGUUGAGUAGAGAUAAGAGACUGUAAGGACCACGAAGUCUAAAGUGUUUAACAUCUGACCUUUCAUAGGGUCAGAGUCAAGGUCAGAACAUCCAUCUGUGUGUUGCUUUCCUCCCUCAUCUGCCUACAUACCCACCUCGCCCCCAGGCACCUUCCUCAGGAACGUCCCUUCCAUCCAUUCCCUUGCUUAAAAAAAAAAAAUCAUUGCUCAUAUAUUUAAGUACCCCAAAACUAUGUUAUUUAGUUUUGCUUGUUUUUGAGCUUUAUGAAAAUGGUAUUAUGCUGCAUGUAACUUGCUUUAGUCACUCAAAAUUCUAUUUAUAAAGACUCAUUCAUGUUAUUGUAUAUAACUAGAAUGCAUUCUUUUUGAUGAUUGUAUAAUU